UAAUGGACUCCCUUCCCAGUUCCCACAACACAUUUACAGUUUCAUUUUGCAUUCCUUUCUCAGAUAACAAACAGAAGUUAACUACUUCUCCGUUCCUAUCUCCGACUACUGUUACGACCUCUAACAGAAAAACCAACUCUGUUUUCGCAUACUCUUUCAAACAUAUUACCGUCCUUUUCUUCUCUCACCGCGGGAAGGCGUUUUCCGGUCACCUCAUAUGUUCUUUUUCAUUGGAAGAUUCUAGUCUCAGCUAGUUUAUUCUCACACUUUCAGGUUCUUUUUUAUUGGAAGAUUCUAGUCUCAGCUUGUUUUCUCACACACUUUCAGAUUCUCUUUCAUUAGAAGAUCAAACGUUCAGUUUGCUUGUCCAAACAUUUUCAGGUAGCCAUGGCAGUAAUGAUGGUUGCAGGAGCAGUUCUCACCCCUAUCAUUCAACUUGCUAUUCAGAGUCUUACCUCAAAAUAUUUCGAAAACCUCUUCAAUAAACGAUUGUUGGAAAAACUUGCAAACACUUUGAAUUCUAUAAAUAAAGUCUUGGAAGAUGCAGAGACAAAGCAGUACCAGAAAGAUGAGGUGAGGAUUUGGCUUGACAAUCUAAAGCACGAGGUAUAUGAAGUAGAUCAGCUGUUGGAUGAGAUUUCUACUAGUGCACGACAAACGAGCAAGAGCAAGGUUAAACGCUUUAGCUCAUUUUUGCCAAAUCAGUUUAAAUCUAGGAUCAAAGACUUGCUAGAUAAGCUAGAAGAUCUUUUAAAGCAGAGUGAUGUUAUGGGAUUGAAAGAAGGAACAAGUGCUCAUAAUGAAGUUGAAGUCGGUCCGAAUUCUUCAAAAAGACCGCCAACGACGUCUUUGGUGGAUGAAUCUCUCAUAUGUGGUAGAAGGGUUGAAAAGGAGAAAAUUGUCAGUUUCUUACUCUUAGACAAUGGUAGUAGUAGCAACAACACACAAACACUCAGCAUAAUUGGUCUUGGUGGGAUGGGUAAGACCACCCUUGCUCGGCUCGUCUACAAUGAAGACAAGGUGCAAAAGUGCUUUGAACUUAAAGCUUGGGUUUAUGUUUCAAAUCCGUUUGAUAUUACCAGACUCACCAAAGAAAUUCUCGAGCAAUUUAAUUCUUCACCAAAUAGUGAAAGCUUGGAAAUACUCCAACGUCAAUUGCAACAGACGGUAACAGGUAAGAAAUAUUUGCUUGUUCUAGAUGAUAUUUGGAACGCAAAUGAGAAAAGUUGGAAGCAUUUACUAACUCCCUUUAACAAAGGAUCUUCUGGAAGUAAAAUUAUUGUGACAACACGAAAUAAGGACGAUGCAUUAGCCAUGGAAUCUGCCGAGUUAUUUGAAUUAGAACAAUUGGGGGAGACUGAUUGUUGGGAUUUAUUUGUGACACAUGCUUUUCGCAACAAAAACGUGAGUGAAUAUCCAGAUUAUGAAUCAAUUGGAAGGAUGAUUCUAGUCGACAAGUGUGGAGGGUUGCCAUUAGCCGUGGAAUCAAUGGGGAAGCUCUUGAGAAGAAAAUUCUCUAAAAGUGAAUGGGAUAAAAUAUUGAAGACUGAUAUGUGGUGUUUAUCAGAGAGAGACAGUGACAUAAAUCCAGUAUUGAGACUGAGUUACCAUAAUCUUCCUUCCAUUUCGAAGCGUUGUUUUGCUUAUUGUUCCAUAUUUCCCAGGGGUUAUACGUUUCAAAAGAACAAUUUAAUCAAUCUUUGGAUGACAUAUGGUUUGCUGAACUCAUACAAAAGUGUCAAAAGUAAAGAAGAGUUGGGUAGUGAAUCGUUUGAAGAUCUUGAAUCAAUUUCAUUUUUCCAAAGAUCACUAGAUUUUGAUGGUUGUUUUGUCAUGCAUGAUCUUGUCAAUGACUUGGCAAAAUCAGAGUCUCGAGAGUUUUGCGUACAAGUAGAGGGUGAUAAGGUGCAAGAGAUAUCUGAAAGGACACGCCACAUUUGGUGUUCUCGUAAUUUGAAAGCCGACGAUGAGAUAUUAAAGCAUAUUUAUAAAGCUAAGGGAUUACACAGUUUGUUGGUAGAACCACCAAGAGAUGGUAGCAAAAGCUUCAUGAUAAGCAACAAUGUGCAAUGUGGCUUGUUUUCAAAGCUAAAAUAUUUGCGGAUGUUGUCGUUUUGUGGUUUUGGUCUAGAACUAGCAGAUGAGUUAGGCAGUUUAAAUCUUUUGCGUUAUCUAGACCUGUCUUGGACAGAUAUUAAAAGGUUGCCCGACUCUUUCUGUAAGCUUUAUAACUUGGAGAGACUGGAAUUGGAAGGGUGUGGUAAUUUGACUGAAUUACCUUUAGAUUUUUACAAACUUGACCGUUUACACCAUCUUAAUCUGGAAGGAACUGCAAUAAAGAAGAUGCCAGAGAAGAUAAGGAAACUAACCCAUCUACAAACACUGACUAAUUUUGCUGUGGGAGAGUCGAGUGGGUCUAAUAUUAAGGAGUUAGAAAGUCUCAAUCUUCUUCAAGGAAAAAUUUGUUUUUCAGGAUUGAAUAAUGUCACUGAUCCAACACAUGCCGUAAAGAGCCGUUUGCAAGAUAAGAAGUUUUUAGAAGAAAUACAUAUGAUAUUUGAUGGUUCAGUAGUGAAAAGCAAUGUGCCUGUCUUGGAUGCCCUUCAACCAAAUAACAAUCUGAAGAGGCUCACUAUUCAGAACUACAAUGGUAAUAAGUUUCCAAAUUGGCUAAGUGGUUGUGAUUUACCCAACUUAAUAUCUCUUAAACUGCAGAACUGUGAAGGAAUGAAGAUCUUUGGCAAUAACUCAACAAAUGUUCCGUUCAAGUUCCUUGAAGUUUUGGAAUUUGACUCCAUGUCUGAAUGGGAGGAAUGGUUAUGUAUUGAAGGGUUUCCUCUUCUUAAAGAGCUUUGCAUAAGAGAUUGUCCCAAAUUGAAAAGAACACCCCCUCCACACCUUCCUUCAUUACAUAAAUUGCUGAUUAGUGGUUGCAAAAUGCUGGAUGUGUCAAUUCUCAAUUAUGAUAAAAUCAUAGAGUUGGAUCUACGGUAUUGUAAGCGGAUUUUGAUAAAUGAAUUGUCAUCAAGCUUGAAAAGGUUUGUCCUCUAUAAAAAUCAGUAUGUUGAGUUCUGCAUGGAACAUUUAAUCAACAAUCCCAAUCUGGAAGUGUUGGAGUUGGAUUUCAAGGACUUUGUAGAAUGUCCCUCUUUAGAUUUGUGUUGUUAUAAUUCUCUGUUGAAACUUUCAAUAAGAGGAUGGAAGUUCUCCUCCUUGCCUUUUUCACUACACUUGUUCACCAAUCUCAAACAUCUAGACAUCUGGGAUUGUCCAGAAUUAGAAUCUUUUCCUAUGGGCGGUUUCCCUUUCAACUUGAGCAAUCUUGAUAUAGUUAAAUGUCCUAAAUUGAAAGCUUCGAGAGAGGACUGGGGUUUUCUCAAAUCUCCCGAUCAUGUAUAUAUUAAUAACUGCCCUAGUCUUGAGCACUUGCCAGAGGAGUGGAGUUCCCUUGAUUAUUUGCGCAUUACACACUGUCCAUUAGUUAAGGAGAAGUACAAAAAGGAGGGAGGAGAGCGUUGGCAUACAAUUAGUCACAUCCCUCAAGUGAAGAUUGAUGGUAUUGAGCAGCAUUAGAUUGAGCUGUAGAAAUGAGAUGUUUGUCAGAGGCAAGUACAACCCAUGUGUUCACAGUAAUAUCACUCUGUAUGUAUUUGAUGUUUAACAGUGACGUGAUCCUCAAAGAUCUUGCAGACCAAGACAUACCAUUGCCAUCAUCAAGAAGCAUGAUCAGUUUACCAAUCUUUUCAUCAAUUCAAAAGUAUGGAUUCAACUGUUUUCGAUUAUUGUCUGAUCAAUAAGAAUUUGACUAGUUUCCCUUUGUUAAUUGUCCAAUUUCCCUUUUAUGUAGUGUCUAUUGAGACAGGAUACAAUAAUUUUCUUAUUAUACUAUUGAUCAUCAUUUCUAGUUAUUCAAAACUAUUUCAUGGUAUUCUUCAUUUUGAAUUUCAAAUCAUUCUAUAUAUUUAUAUAAAACGGUUUUAAAUUGCUGAUAUCCUUACAAUAUAUUUCACGGAUAUUCAUACCUGUCAUUGACUCAUUGUUCAUAGGUGAAUUAGUUUCAUACCAGACUCGGAUAACUGAUACAGGGUCGAGUUUUCUAAAAUAUAGUAUUAGUGUUUCAGUUCAGCAGGAAUACGAUUAUGGAAUCGAAUUCAACUUUUUAUGGUAGCUGCCGCAUCGCAUAUGCAGAAUGUAUUUUCUGUGUUUUUCUGAACUGUGUACUGAUAUGGAUAGACUUUAUAGUUUAUAUUGUAUUUGUAUCUGUUGUGUGAUCUCAUUUGACACACAUUCCCAUACAAUUCUUACACGGUAUCGGUAGUUUUAGGUUACAUGGUCUUUAUAAAACUUUGGAAGCUUCCAUUCCGAUGGUCGAUAUGCUGUUAGUGUUGACUUUGAAAACAUGGAGGUACUUUCCAAAUGAGAACAUGCUGCCACCAACUCUCUAUCGACACAGUUUAAAAUAUGUUGAUGGAUAUGACAAACAAGUUUUGCAUACAAUUGAACUUAGCGAUACUCCAAUUU